UUAGUACCGACCUGAACUGUUGGUCGGUAACUAUCUUAGCGGCUUUUCUCCACCACAUUUGAACUGAAAGGAACAGAAGUGCCAUAUUUUUGAGUUCACCGAGAGGACCACAGAAUUCAUAAAUCUCAGAGGAUGGCUUUAUUAUUGACGCAUCCGUCCCUGAUGUAACGGAGCCGAGCGGACAUGCCACGUCGUCUUAGCACACCUGAACACGUGUGAAAGCCCCUGAUGACGAGGAGGAUGCCCUGACACGUGACGUCAUGGAGGAACACACCUGUACUCGAAGCAGCUGCCAGUGAAGGUUUGAUUCGUCCACAUCACCUGCUCAUCCACUCCAGCAAUGGGAAGGAUUAGCAUUUCCUGCCUGUUUCCAGCAUCCUGGCACUUCAGCCUGUCUCCGGUGGUUCUGCCGCGGUUCCUGUUGCUUUCCUUCAGGCAGCUGCUGCUGCUGGGUCUGUUGGCUGGUGUGAUGGGGCUGCUGUACCUGCUGCUGGUCACAGGGAAGGGCCAGUACAGCUGGCUAAGAGAGGAGCGACACCUCCACACACGUUUGGGUCGGGUGCCGGACAUGGAGGCCACGGACACCAAUAACCCCAACCUAAACUACGGGCUGGUGGUGGACUGUGGCAGCAGUGGCUCCCGUGUGUUUGUGUACACCUGGCCUCGGCACAACGGCAACCCACAUGAGCUCCUGGACAUCAAACAGAUGCGAGAUCAGAACAGGAAGCCUGUAGUGAUGAAGAUCAAGCCAGGUAUUUCAGAGUAUGCUUCCACACCAGACAAGGCCAGCGACUACAUCAGCCCUCUGCUGAGCUUUGCUGCUCAGCACAUCCCUAAGAACAAGCACCAGGAAACGCCUCUCUACAUCCUGUGCACCGCAGGAAUGAGAGUCCUGCCUGAAAGCCAACAGGAAGCCUUGCUGGAGGAUUUGCGCACUGACAUUCCUGUAAAUUUCAACUUCCUGUUCUCCGACUCCCAUGUGGAAGUUAUCUCAGGCAAACAGGAGGGAGUAUAUGCGUGGAUAGGAAUCAACUUUGUUCUGGGCCGAUUCAAUCAUGUUGAGGAUGAACAUGAGGCCGUGGUGGAGGUGCAGGUUCCUGGCAGUGACCAGCAGGAGACGCUGGUGCGCAAGCGUACGACUGGUGUAUUGGACAUGGGUGGUGUCUCCACUCAGAUCGCAUACGAAGUGCCCAAAACUGUAAGCUUUGCUUCUCCACAACAGGAGGAGAUAGCCAAGAAUUUGCUGGCAGAGUUUAACCUGGGCUGUGAUGCUCACAGAACAGAACACGUGUACCGCGUUUACGUCUCAACAUUUUUGGGUUUCGGUGGAAAUGCAGCCCGCCAGAGAUAUGAGGAAAACCUCAUCUACAACACACAAGUCCAAAACAAGCUGCUGGCUCAGCAUCAAGGAGAGAGUGCGGACUCACCCAUCCUCGACCCCUGUCUGCCAGCUGACCUCCAGGACGAGGUGGGUCCUCAGGAGCAGAGGGUGCACCUGAGAGGCACUGGAGACUUCAGUCGCUGCCGUCUGCUGCUCCAGCCGUUCCUCAACCGCACCAACGACACCAACACCUCGCUGAACGGAGUCUAUCAGCCGCCCAUCGACUUCACCAACAGCCAGUUCUACGGCUUCUCGGAGUUCUACUACUGUACUGAAGAUGUGCUGCGCAUGGGAGGAGACUACAACUCCACCAAAUACUCCAACGCUGCUAAGAGUUACUGUGCCACCCAGUGGACGACUUUGAAAGAGCGGUUUGAUCGAGGACUUUACGCCUCACAUGCUGAUCAACAUAGACUGAAGUAUCAGUGCUUCAAGUCUGCGUGGAUGUAUGAGGUGCUCCACUCAGGUUUUGUGUUUCCAGCGGCGUAUGAGAAUCUCAGGACGGCCCUGCUGGUGUAUGACAAAGAAGUGCAGUGGACACUAGGAGCCAUUUUGUACCGCACACGUUUUCUACCUCUGAGGGACAUCCCGCAGGAGAGUCUGAAGGGCUCUCACUCUCACUGGCAGCACAGCUUCUCCUUCAUGAACAACCACUAUCUGUUCCUGGCCUGUUUUCUGGUGGUGGUUCUGUCCAUCCUCCUUUACCUGCUCCGUCUGAGACGCAUACACAAGCGCUCCACACUCCUGCGCAGUGCCUCCGCUUCCGUCCAGUGGCUGGAGGAGGGCCUGGGUUCACCAGACCUCCCUGUUACCCUGUAGGACUGGGACCCGUCACUCAAACAGCUGGCCAAUCACUGGAGGAGACGUAGCUCUCUAAUGAAGGUCCUUUGGUUUGAAAACACUCCUCACUGGCACUGAAUAAUUGGCAAAGGAUUCUACAUGACAUUUGCAGCCAAGGCCAGUCAAACUUUGGUGUAACGUGAAGAUUGGAGCUCUGGAAAGGACCGUAUGGCUGCCUCUGAUCAGCUGUGGUGUUUAGUUGUUUAUUUAUUAAGAGGGACGCUGAGGCUGCCUUUUGAUUUUCAAUGUCACUAUCAAUGUGAACGGGGACGUGUGACUUGAGUGUGUUUUAUACACGUGUCCCCAAUUUGGAUACUCUAUAGUCUAGAUAAGGUUUUGCUGGCUGUGACCUCAACUCAAGACUACGCAUGAUUAUGAAAUGAUUUGGUUGUGCCAAAGAGAAACCGAGUGAGCAUGUGUGUGUGUUUGUAUGUGCAUCUUGAUUUUUUUUUUUUUUUAUGCCACCGCCAAUCAUUUCUAUGACUUCACAUGCGGCUGAAACUGUAUGAUGUUAUUUAAACAUUUAGAGCUCUAUGAUGAGAAUCAGUGCAAUAUAUUACAGAGUUAAAAUCACAUCUUUGUGUUCCAACUUGCAAUAUAUAUUAAUAGUUCACUCAAAAAUAAAUUGUCAUGUUC